AGGCAUGUGUUAUUGAUUAUUAAUGGGGGAAUAGAAAAAAAGGCUUUUGGUCAUAUUAAUCAUAGUAUUAAUGCUUCAAAGUAACAUGUCUGAAAACAAACCUAUGAGUCUUGAACACUCCACCUUCUUUAUCAUUUAGUACAAUGAAUGUGUAAUUGCAAUUUAAGGUUGUAUAUCAUUUUUGUAAAACAAUUGUUGUUUAAAAUAAAAUCUGCUUUGAUAAUUUCUCAUAUCAAGUAAAAUCUUCAAAAACAAACUGGAACCGGCAACUUUGCCUGAAAAAUGAAAUUGAUCUUCUUCUUACUACUUAAAAAAAGAUGUAUAUCAACUUCUCAAGACCAACUUCUCAGGUUUAGAAAAUGAAAAUCACUCAACGUCUUCCUCUAUAUGCAGAAACACCAUCAUCUGUGAAUGUAAAUGGUUGUCUAUAUUGGACAUUAUAGUUCUGCCAUAGUGUCACUUAAUUUCACUGUCAUUUAACACAUUCAAAUUUUUCAUUUAGAUAAAAUGCAUAAAGAACGCAAACAUUUUCUUCUGGGAUGCUGGUAGACAACCUCAUGAUUUAAGGGUCUUAUUCAUAAACACAUUGUUGAAAAAUAUAUAUUUUUUCAACCGUCCUUUGUUAAAUUUCCUCGAAAUAUUAAUGAACAGAGGUAGUUGCUCGUCAGAGAACGUAGAGAUGCUGCGGGAGAGAACACACACCUGCGGGUUGCAUACAUAUCAGCAGGUGCACCGCCUUGGCCCCGCCCCCUCUGCUCGAGGGGGCGGGGCCUGUUGUCGCACCUCUGCAGAGUGGGUGUGCCCCGAUACUGUGAGGGUUCGAUGACACAACGCCACAGAACACGUCGCCGACGCGCAGAGAAGCAGAGUCAUGGGGAAGACAGGUGGCAGAGGCGACUUUGAAUGGGUCUACAAUGAUCAGCCGCACACCUCGAGAAGAAGAGAAAUACUGGCCAAAUAUCCAGAGAUCAAGUCUCUGAUGGGUCCUGACCCCCAGCUGAAGUGGGUGGUGUCCGGCAUGGUCCUAACCCAGCUCCUGGCCUGCUACCUGGUCCACAACCUCCCCUGGAAGUGGAUCUUCUUCUGGGCUUAUGCCUUUGGAGGCUGCAUUAACCACUCCCUGACUCUAGCUAUUCAUGACAUCUCUCACAAUGUGGCCUUUGGCAACAAGCUGGCGAAGUGGAACCGCUGGUUUGCCAUGUGGGCCAACCUGCCCAUCGGGCUUCCCUACUCCGCCUCUUUCAAGAAGUAUCACAUCGACCACCAUCGGUAUCUGGGAGGUGACCAGCUGGAUGUCGACAUCCCCACCGACCUUGAGGGAUGGUUCUUCUGCACCCCAGCCAGGAAGGUCGUGUGGCUCUUCCUCCAGCCGCUUUUUUAUGCCCUGCGCCCACUGGUGGUCAAUCCCAAACCAGUGGGUCAGCUGGAGAUCCAGAACGCAGUAGUCCAGCUCACGGCAGAUUUAAUUAUCUAUUAUCUAUGGGGGCUGAAGCCCAUUGUUUACCUCAUUGCAGGGUCGAUCCUUUGUAUGGGACUGCAUCCUAUCUCUGGACAUUUCAUCGCUGAGCAUUACAUGUUCCUGAAGGGACACGAGACAUAUUCUUACUAUGGAUCUCUGAACAUGAUCACCUUCAAUGUGGGGUAUCACAUGGAGCACCAUGACUUCCCCAGCAUACCUGGCAGUAAACUACCUCAGGUCAAGAAAAUUGCAGCAGAGUUUUAUGACUCCUUGCCUCAACACACUUCCUGGAUCUGGGUACUAUGGGACUUUGUGUUCGAUGACAGCAUUGGCCCCUACGCCAGAAUCAAACGGGAAUACAAGCUGAGCAAACAGGAAUAGAUCUGUGACUGACUAUACUUCUCAUCAAACAGGAAUGUGGAUUUCAGUUGUUAAAAAUCUACGGACCACUAUUAAAUGUCAUAGUCUCUAGUUUGUUUGUUUUGUAGUGUGUACACUGUAUGUACUCAAAGGAUUUUCUGGGUAUUCACAUCUUGAAUUAGUCCCGUUCUUGAGUUAUUGUAUUCCAAAAAGUCAGCUAAAUGGUUUUCUUACCCUGUUAUUUAUUCAUACUUUUAUCCGUGCUAUAAGCAGUUGACCAGUUGUCCUGACAAUGAUGAGAAUUACAUUUUCUUAUACCCAGAAGAUACUGAGAAAAGCAAAAUGAUGAUAGUAGCAUAAGUGUGAUGAAAGGCGUAUAAUAUAGUAUUGAAUAUAAACAUUCUCAUUUCUUUGAAGACAAAGGUCACAUGCAUUCUCAAGUGGUUGUACAGAGUUGUCACUAUCUCUGUAAUUCCUCGUCAGGCCUCUUUAAGAAUUUCUCAAUGUGAUAACCUAACACACAUUUACUUCCGUCGUGCAGAACGGUGCUGAAGUGAAAAAUGAGCAUUGAAACUUACCUUUCAGUAAGAAGAGUCGUUUUUUCAGUGACGCCCCCAUUCUGCUUGUUAGCAGCUCCAUCAUGCUGUAAACGAUUUGAUUAUAUCUACAGGGAACGGACAGAAUCACAGAAACAACAUACAAGUGCAAAAAAAGAGCAGUUUUUUAAAAAAGAUUCUAAAUAAAUGAUGUUUAAAUGUUUGGUGUUUUCAGAGCUGUUGAAUGAACUUAAUGGUAUCGUAUCAGGCUGUAGUCUUGAACUAUAACAAAAUCUGUGCUGCUGAGGCUCUUCUUCACUUUCACUCUUUGAUUUUGCACUUUUUAUAUUUUUUCUUAGUUUCAAGACAACCAUAUUAAAUCAUGGUGUUGCACCAGCAUUUUCGACUGAUUUAACAGCAAUUUAGGCAGCAACACUAGUCUUUGUAUAUAUACCAUGAAUAUCAAAGGCAACACAAGAAAACCUUUUUCAGGGGCACAGAAAGGCCAUGCUGACUGAAUCGACGAUGAAGCCAGAACAAAAUAUGCAAUCAUAAGUGAUGAGGUUAAAGGAAAAAUCCCCCUGAAAUCAGUAAACAGCUUCUUGCUUAAGCAAGAAGGGGUGAUCACUCAAUUAAAGUCUCUUAACAACAUCACAGACUACAACAAAUCGCCUCUUCUGACUUAUGAAUUAAAGCUUCGGCGAAUUCGAAUUUACUGCAUAGCUCUUGUACUUUACGAUGUUUCUUGUCCAUCCAAUGUAACUUUAUCAGCGUGUUGUGAUUGAAAUCAUGAUCUGAAGUUUCUAUUGAAAUGCCAUUGUACAUUAUAUAAAAGCAGUGAAAGAUCUUUAUGAGAAGAUAUCACUAUAAAGAAUGUGUUUGUGGUA